GUACUCUUCUGAUUGCGAAUGAAUCUGAUACAAGUCAAAGAAUAAACUCUUGGCAAGUGAUCGAUUACUCUGGUCAUCCAGGACUACAUACAUUUUAACACAGUUGUCAGGAUAUCUCUGGGGUACACAAACACAGAGCGUCCAAACCUGAAACUUAUUACUCCACCGGAGUGUAUGCUGUACAGAGGAGCCACGGUGAAAAUUGAAUGUAGUGGAAUUCCUGAAGACGUUCAAGAAAUAAAAUGGUUCAAAGAUGGGACACCGAUUAAAACAAGUUCAUCUGAAGUAGGAAUUUUGAAGGUGGCAAAUCUGGAUCCAAUCAAUGAUGGAAAAUAUAGGUGUGAAAUCACACAAUCAUCCGGAACCAAAAUAUCAUCAAAUGAAGUGGACAUUGCAAUCAAAAAGCGUCCAAACCUGAAACUUAUUACUCCACCGGAGUGUAUGCUCUGCAGAGGAGCCACGGUGAAAAUUAAAUGUAGUGGAAUUCCCAAAGACGUUCAAGAAAUAAAAUGGUUCAAAGAUGGGACACCGAUUAAAACAAGUUCAUCUGAAGUAGGAAUUUUGAAGGUGGCAAAUCUGGAUCCAACCAAUGAUGGAAAAUAUAGGUGUGAAAUCACACAAUCAUCCGGAACCAAAAUAUCAUCACGUGAAGUGGAUAUUGCAAUCAAGGAUGAACAAGCCAUUACGUUGUCCACACUGGGUGAUUUGCAAAUUGAAGGUGCAGAAUUGGAAAUAAAGUGCAAAUCUAGCAUUCCAACACCAACAGAAGUUUGUUGGUAUAAAGAAAAUAAAGAAAUAAUAGACAAAGGAAGGUUCCUCAACGGAACGUGCCAAGAUCCUUCUUUGACGAUUUCUACCCUCACUCUAAGUGACAGUGGCGCCUAUAGGUGUAAGAUAACCAGUCAUUUUGGAUUUGCAGAGGGCACUAUUGAUAUUGAUGUGAAAGAACAAUCCAUAUUUGUGAAAGAAGUUGUUAAUCUUGUAAUGGAAGGCACAGAAUACUUUUUUCCAUCUCGGGAAAUAUCAAAGUUCUUACCAAAAAUUAUAAAUGGAGUUCACCAACUUUUAAGCAGUACCCAACGAAAAUGUAUACUGUCUAUCACAAAUAAUGGCUGCAGGAAAUUAUCAAACCCCAAUAUUAGUAUUAUACAAGGACGUGAACAUCAUCCACUUGCAAGUAUUGCCGGAGGCAAGGCAGGGAUUUUUAUUUUUACUACUGAAAAAACUAGUGAUUUCUCUACUUUGCUUGGGGCAGGGGGUCACUGGAAAACAAAAGGUGUAUUGACCUUUGAUGUCGAGAAAACAGAUCAACAAAUAGCAAUUUUGUGGAACGUCGCACAGAAAAGCAGAAAUCGCUUUGCAAUUCAGAUAAGGUCACAAGAUAGUGAAACUGCAGAUCAGCCUCUAUAUGAACAUAUGCUUCAGCAAGCAGCCUCCGCUGGGACACGCAUUGAGAAGGAAGGAACUGGGUACAAAGUCAGCGCGACUAUGAGUAACGAAAUAACAGCACAUCUUCAAAUAACAAUCAACUGAAAAUCCACGAGGUCGUGACAGCAACAAAGAGGAUUGAUAUUAUCUUAAAUUUAUAGAAUUAGUAGAAUAGAAACAAAGAAGGUGUUGUAUAGAAGCGGGAACUUUCCCUAAUCGGAGCUCCAUGUCACUACUCAUGACGUAGAACUGACCUUCAUCCAUAUUUAUACUCUUAUUGCCUAUCUGCCAUUUAAAUACAGUCUGUAGGAUUUCCCAGUACUAAGAUUGAUUGACUGAAUAUUGUUAAACGUUCCUCUCAAGAAUAUUUCACUCAUAUGGGACGUCACCACUACCGGUGAAGGGCUGCAAAAUUUAGGCCUAUGCUCGGCGCUUAUGGCCUUUGAGCAGGGAUGGAUCUUUAUCGUGCCACACCUGCUUAGGCACGGGACCUCGGAUUGUUUUUUGGGUUUUUUGGCGGUCUCAUCCGAAUGACCGCCCCAUUUAGUCGCCUUCUACGACAAGCAAGUGGUAUUGAGGGCCUAUUCUAACCCGGAUCCCCACGGGACCCCAGUACUAAGGACAAGCCUAAUACAUUUUAUGUGUCAAUACAUUAUACAUAUAGUCUAAACAUAAUUUUUGAAAUCGUGAAAAUUAAAUGGUCUUUUUUCUGAGUAACAGUUACAAUGUAUACGGUUACAUGUUACGAGUGUAUCAAAUAUUUAAUAUUCUAUACUGCUACAGUCUAAAAGCUCUUAUACUCGUAUGUAUUAUUUUCUACAACCAACAGUUAGCAACUGUAUAUGACUCUGACCACAAGACAAAUAUGGGAAGUUUAAUACGCAUUAAAGUUCAACAUGAUUCGCAGCACAUGUACCUGAAAACAUUGAUUCACUGUAGCAAUUUGCUACUGGAAUACAUGUCAUCUUAUCCACUCAACCUGUUUAACGAUUAUUUACCUUGUUUGGCCUUGAAGCUUUUCUUUCAAAGCUUAGCAAAUUUCACAAUGUUUUUUUCGUAAAAAGCACCAUGCCUUUGUCAACACCUUUCACUCAGAAAAACAUACAAGUUCUAGUUAGCAACCUUGACUAUUGAAACACAAGUAUUGCAUGCUGUAUUCGGCGUGUUUGUUGCGAGCCCUUUUCACAAACUAAACGGUGUCCAGGUUGGAAAUACGGGCAAUUGCAUUUUUGGGGUCGAAUUACUAAUAAGUACUCUUUAAUAGUGAAUUCGACCCCAAACGAUACAAUUACCUGUAGUUGGAAGCUAAUUGCAAACUCGGUAUAUUGUAAUAAAUAGAGAUUUCACAUGAAACAUUUAUAAAACCUAGAAAUGUGUUUCAGUUAAGAAAAAAUUAUGGAAAACGUAAUAUGAAAAAAAAAUUGUGUUUGUGAGGGAUUCGAACCUGAUCGAUUUGAAAAAGAAUACAUAUUUAAGUCGAUGACCUUACUCACUGAACCCAAUCGGAUCACGCGCUCGUCUUGUUCCGUAACCGGUAAGAAGACUCGGACGUGGAUCGGCACAAGAAUUGCAUCAAAUCGAUGCAUUUCUUCGCCGGAAACGCGCAUAUGGAUGAAGUUAAAAGGCUAGAACCGAAUCUCUGUAUAAAGUGUUCUUUAAAUUUUCACCACAUAUUCAGUUUUGGUGUCAUUAACGUCUUAUUCACUCUAAUAAAUAAACAUUUAAGUGGAAAUUGAUAGGGGUAGAAUACCUUAGAUAUGUAUAAUAUCUUAGAUCUAUGCAUUUGAAAGCUCGCGUUUCAUAUUGUAACGUACGACUAUGACGUCAUAGUUACAUUUGUGUACACAUGGCAACCGACUCUGAUGGCGUCGAUCCACAUAUGAGGUUCAUUUGCGGUUACGGAAAUAGCCGAGUAGUUACGAUUGCCACUGAACCACGCAGUAGGGAACACUUCUAGAUAGUAUACCGGUCCCCAAAAUAUAGCGCUAAAAUGUGUGCCGCCGAAGGCGGUUUAGAAUAUAUAUCAAACUUCCCGUCGAGGCCUCAUCUACGUAUAGACCUCUCCUGACUGACGCAGUACAAGAAACAGAUUUGUAUAUUGUGGGUCCGCGGUUCUCACAUGGGCAAAUAACACUAAAGAAGUAGUUCGUAGUUAAAGGAUACAACGCAUGUUUCUAAAUUUUUCAUUUUUUCAGCAAAAUUAAUUCUUUUCAUUCCUAAAACUGCGUUAAAUGUGUUUUAAAUGAAGUAUUUUGCGUAGUUUUCGAGUUUGAAAGCGAUGAAAUUCAAAUCUUGCGAUAUGCAUAUUUACUUUCGCUAUUUUACGCGCCAUUAUACGUGACGUCAUAUGCACCCUUGGGUUUGAAAACAUCUAUUAGCCAUUUCAUAAACAGAUUAGAUUUAAUCGACAAAAAACCAAUUAUCACGUUAACAGCUUGUAAAUAAUAUUUCAUUAAAGGGAAAGGCAACCCAAAACAUUUUUAUAUGAUAAAUGAUAGGAUUAAUCAUAUGAUAAAGAUUUGUCAUACAAUUCUGUUGAUAUAUGGCCUAGAUAUGCUUCAGUACUAAUUUGAGACCGUCAAAUAUUGAAAUUCCCGCGAUCUAUAGAGGCUGCCAUGAUGUGUAACUCUUUUGUAUUCAAGACCACAAAAAUCAAUAAUUUUGACGUCACACCGUCUGUUCCGGUUUUGAUGAGAUUCUAAGA